AGCUUUCUUCCGUUCGAAGUAAAGUCACAGCUGAUUGGUCUAUCUUCCACUCGUUUUAUCCAAUGAGAGUGAAGCUUCUGGUUACCAGGAAACACUGUGAAAACGCUGAACGCAGAUGCUGGGAUUAUAUCUUUUAAAUAUUGAGGAUUUUUAGCACUAAUAGGAUCGAGAUUUCGUUCGCCUUUAUUUUACACGAAGCACGCGCGUGCCUGUGGUCGCCGGGUCAAAGGAAGGACAACAUGAGGAAGAAUCAGAGCCGCUGCUGACUUCAGAGGCUUCUGAAAACUCCAGCCGGUGUGCUCGCUCCCCAUCUCCGUUAUAGAUGGCGUACACCGUCCUCCAAGUGGGCCCGGGGGUUCUGAUCAUCGUUUUUGUUUGGGUUGCGUCCCUGGGGUUCGGGAUUCUGCUGCUGAGAGCGUCUGGAUCUGCCAAGUUAGGGGUCAUCCCCCUCUUCCUCCUGGCUCUCACCAUCACUUUAACUCUGGUCUUCUUCCCUCGAAGCCCGGAGACUCCUCCCCCUUUCAAAGAGUUGGAGAUAACAGACACGUUGUUCAUUGGCCGCUACGUGCUUCUGGCUGUGGUGAGCGCCGUUUUCUUGGUGACGGUCUUUCUCCUGCUUCCCUUUCAUUUCCUGGAGUCGGUGCAUGCCAAGGUCUGAGGAACACCGCAAGCUGCCAGGAUCAGGGAGGGCUCCAGGAUCCCCCCGCCCCCGCCCCCAUCAACACAACAGGAGACAAGCAAGGCUUCUGUUCAGCUGAACCUUUCCUGUGGAAACCCUCAAAUGGAUCUGGGUGGACUUUGUUUGGGGGUUGUUGACAGUCAUUGAACAAACAAACUGUUGUUGUUUUUUCUCAUGUGUAAUUGUGUGACAAUUAAAACAAGAAAACACACACAAUGAAUGUUUAAUGCUUUGAUUCUAUGGUAUUUUUUGGUUCACCAAUGGCAAAAGUGGACACCUACAUUUUUACAUAAGUUACUAUGUAAGUGUUUGAAAAUCUGUUUGUGUCUUCAGUCUAUGUUUUUCUGUAACCUGCAUUAUUCUGGGGCGUUUCUUGUCUUGUUUGUUGUUUAGUUUCUAGAGUUUAGCUCCGACGUCUGUGGCAAUUUCUUGCAUUUUUUUGACCUACCUUCUC